UCAUAAUCCACGCAGAGUAAUGCACACCAAAUAUCCAGCGCAUAACACUAUUCUGACUCCCUAUAUAUCGGUCGAUCUAAGGAGCGCCACAUCACAGACUAACAUCUCCCUUGCACACACGAUUGAGACCGAGAUAGGAGCGAAUGUCAGUGAGGGGCGUAUUCAGUGUGGCCUACAGUUCUGGUGCGCCGCGCAUAUCAUCAUUCUCUGCGAAGGCAACUGCCAGUAAUAUAUGUUAUUUUCUCACACUACGAAGAACUGCUCGGAGUAUAAUUCGCGGUGUAAGAUUAUCACCCUCUCGAGACACUCAUACGCACAGAAAAAUGGUGUCAGAUAGCAACAGUAACACUGGGUUGACCGAUAUCGGGUCCCAGACCAAGCAUGGUAUAACCAACGAAUCCCUCGUGACGUGGAGAGCACGCAUUGACGAAUCAAUCGCCAAGUCGAGGAAAGUCCGAGGGGGCAACUUUGUGCAGAUAUGUACAGUGUACAAUAAUGAACCACGGUGUAGAACUGUGGUGUUUCGUGGAUUUCAGAAGCUGCCGAUCGAUAACCCGGUUGGAGUGCAGUGUGGAGGCAAGCCAUGUGUUAUGAAAAUGAUUACAGACAACCGGUCCAAUAAAGUGUCCCAGGGCACAGCCAACAGUGCGGCAGAGUUGGUGUGGUGGUUCCAACAGUCAAACGAACAAUACCGUAUAAAAGGCCAGCUGGUGUUUGUGGGGAGUGGGGACUUUGCAAACGAUGAUAGUAAAGAGAUCGUCACGGCUCGCAAGGAACAGUGGGGUAACCUCAGUGAUUCCGCUCGCGAACAGUUCUACUGGCAAGCCCCUGGACUGCCAUAUACAGGUGAGUCUCCUGUGCCGAAAGGGGGCCGCGAUGCAGAAGGCAAGAUCAUGGAUGUUCCCGACACCUUUCUACUGCUGUUGCUGCAACCAAGCCAGGUGGACUACUUGCGAUUAGGCGACAAUUAUCGCCAGAUCGAUGUGUUGUCCGGUGAGGAGUGGAUUCAGCAACGAGCGAAUCCGUAGCUCAUCGAUCGAUAGCAUAGUGCAUAAUAAUAAUAGUAUUGAGAAUUGUUCUGUGACGUGUUUAUGUAAAUGGUAUGCCGAUUUAUCAAUAUAUAUGGUAUGCGGAAUGGCGGAUAUGUGGCCGAUACCUUACUGCACCUUGUAUGGGUCCAAGGAAGUGACACGAGUGUGCAAUUAGAACUAUGUAUGUCAUGCGAUUGACCAGUAUGUCGAUCUGACAAUUUGUUAUGUGUACAUGUGCAAUAAAAUAAAUAGAGUGAAUCAUUUGCUG